GUUCAGAGAUUGCAGACAUACUACAGGAAAUGGUCAGAGACUGCAGAAUUAAUACAGGAAAUGGUCAGAGACUGCAGACAUAGUACAGGAAAUGGUCAAUGACUGCAGAAAUACUACAGGAAAUGGUCAGAGACUGCAGACAUACUACAGGAGAUGGCCAGAGAUUGCAGACAUUGUACAGGAGAUGGUCAGAGACUGCAGAAGUACUAGAAAAAAUGGUCAGAGACUGCAGACAUACUACAGGAGAUGGCCAGAGAUUGCAGACAUUGUACAGGAGAUGGUC